AUAGUGUAGUAAACGGCUCGCUGUUGCUUCCCCUGAAAAUCCAUCAUUCCGUUCUCCUCCUUGGAUCUAUCUUAUGCCACGAACAAUUAAGACUACCACGGAACCCUAAUCCCCCUUCCCUCCCUCCCCCCCUUUUUUCUGUCGAAUUCCAUCGAUUUUGGGAAAUAAAGUGGAGAGAAGAAGACAUGAGCAAUCUCAGAGCGAUUUAUCGGCCUCACAUAGUCUUCUCUUCCUUCUUCUGUUGCAGACACCAAGUGCGACCUGGAAUUUCUUUCCGAAACACCAGUUACAGGUCACGGGUUUCUUCUCCGUCUGUCUCUUCUCCGUUUUUUGAUUCUUCGGAUAUCCUUCGGAACGAAUCCGCAUACCGCAUCAAUUCCAGGAGAACUAUCGUCAGGGCAUCGAAUUGGAAGGAUGAGAAAUCUCCUUAUGAAACUCUGGAGUUGGAUAGAGAUGCUGGUGAAGAGAAAAUAAAGAUUGCAUACAGACGGUUGGCGAAGUUCUAUCACCCAGAUGUGUACAAUGGUAGAGGAACCCUUGAGGAAGGGGAAACUGCGGAAGCUCGAUUCAUUAAGAUUCAAGCUGCUUAUGAGCUGCUUAUAGAUGUGGAAAGGCGGAGGCAAUAUGAUAGUGAGCACCGUGUCAAUCCCAUGAAGGCUUCUCAAGCAUGGAUGGAGUGGCUAAUGAAAAAACGAAAAGCCUUUGAUCAGCGAGGUGAUAUGGCAAUUACAGCUUGGGCUGAGCAGCAACAGCUUGAGAUGAACCUCCGUGCACGCCGUUUGUCUCGUUCAAAGAUUGAUCCAGAGGAAGAGAGGAGGAUCCUGGCGAAAGAAAAGAAAGCAUCCAAGGAAUAUUUCUCUAAUACCCUCAAAAGACAUACACUGGUCCUGAAGAAAAGGGAUAUAAUGCGUAAGAAAGCAGAAGACGAGAAGAAAAAAGUCAUCGGUCAGCUUCUUGCAGCCGAAGGCCUUGAACUCGACACCGAUGAUGAUGAAGCAGCAUAGACAAUUUCCUGGAAUACGGUUUCACUGUUGUAUACCAGUGACUCUGAUCAUUUGGUUCCUUGAAUUGUAAGGGUUGGUAGGGGGUCCAUAUUCCUGUUUUUCAACUGUGUAUAUAUAAUUGUUAUGUAUAUAGAAGAAUGUAAAAUCAUCACCGUGAAAUCUAUUCAUCUAAACAUACUCUAAAGGUCCC